UGGUGGAUAAAAUAACAAAAUCCCGUGUCAUAAAUCGAUUUGAGGAGCGAUUUUGACAAAUGGUUGCAUAGAUUCAGUGCUUCAUUCAGCUACAUUUAUAUUGAAUUGAUAAAAAUAAAUUCGAUGCGACAACGUUUCAAGGAGUGGGAUAACGCAAAAAAAAUUUAAAGCAAUAUUAAGAAUGAUUGUUGAUUCGAUUUGAAACACGAUUCAUCUGCAAAAUAUUGUGGAUGGAUUGAAAAAUUUGUGCUCAAUUCGAACAAUUGCACAUUAAUUAAAUAACAUUUUCCAAAAAUAGAAAAAAAAAUAAACGUGUGUUAUAUGAUCAACUGGCGUGUGUGAUUUGCAAAGUGACCAAGUUGAAACAGUUACAAUUCGGAACAUAGUUUAGAAAGAGGUGAUAAGCAAUUGUUGAUUUUUUUUUCAUUUUUAAAACAUUUUUGAUUGAAGCAAAGGAAAAAAUGCGUGUUCGAUGCAUAUCAACCUGUGUCCUUUAGUUGGAUGGAAAUGCGUGCAUUCAUCUAUGAGAAUAUGUAAACAAGGGCGAUUAACAUCGUGCUCGAAUCACUUUGCCUGAUUAUGUGCUACAUGUAGUCAACGCAACUUUUACACGUAGCAAAUAUAAUAUACAGGGAAAAUCAAUUUUAAAAUUGCCCCGUUUUGUAAUUGAUAUAUAAUUGUAUAUAUACACACAUGAGUGCAAUUCGAUGUGCAGUAGCGGACAGCAAAAGCAGUAAUGACAGUAACGGUUGCUCAAAUGCGAUGAAAUGAAUUUAGAAAAAGUGCUACAAAUUUAAUUACCAGAUAAGGAGUUUAGUAAAAGAAAAGGGAUACACAAAAUAGGCGGAAUAUAAUGGCGGACGAAUCGGAGGAAGCAUGUUUGGUUAAUCCAAAAUCGCCACUGAAUUCUGGCCAAAUGCAAUACACAGAUGGCAUCAAUUCGGCAUCUAGCACAUCAACGGCCGCGGGCCCACAUUCAUUCACUCCACAGGCACAAACAACGACAACAACAACAACGACGACGACACACCAUGGCGGGCAAAGCACAACCAUCGCUGCCAAUGCAUACGACCUCAACGACGAUAUCAUUCUGAGUCAAUUUCAUGCAGACGCUAUCAAACAGGCUGGAUGUGGGAAAUUUCAAUUUGUCGCUGCAAUCAUUGUGGGCUUGGGACUAGCUGGCCACGCCAUUCAAGUGUAUUCGAUAUUUUAUAUUCUACCAUCGGCUGAGGUUGAGUACUGCAUUUUGGACGAUGAAAAAACUUGGGUUAGCAAUAUUUCACUCAUCGGCAUCGGCUGUGGAUCGCUAUUUUUUUCCGCAUUGGCCAGCAAAAACGGACGCAAGAGGACACUCUUAUGCUGUCUUGCAAUCAGUUCCGUAUUUUCAGUGGUUGCGGCGUUCAUGCCAGCGUACGGUCCGUUUAUGAUGAUGCGAUUUUGUGCCGCAAUCGGUAUCGGUGGUGUGAUGCCAGCCGCUGCCGCUUACCUCUGUGAAAUCACACCAUUAAGUAGUCGAGCUCGCGUUAUUGCAUUCUUAUGCACACUUGGAAUAUCUGGGGGCAUUUUUGCUGGAGCUUGUGCGAUUGCACUAAUUCCAUUGUCGGGCCAACAGAUUGUCACGGAGAAUAAACAACAUUUCAGUGCAUCGAGUUUCAUGCCAUGGCAUCGAUAUCUGCUGCUUGUCUCAAUCAUUCCAAUCUGCAGCACCAUUUUAUUGUGUUGGCUUCCUGAAUCGCCUCGAUUCCUUUUGGCCAAUGGAAACGAGGUCGAAGCUCUUGCCACGUAUCAGCAAAUCUACAAAACCAAUCGUUCACGCGGAGGCUAUGCACUAACGGAACUCGAAUUACCCGGUGUUAGGACACGUCGCGUUAGCACACCAUCAUCGGUACUUGCAGCGAUACUAAAUAAUGUGUAUGCAUGUUGCAGCACAUUUGUUCAAUUGUACAAUGGAAAGUAUGGUCGCACGACAUACAUAUUGAUGUCCGCAUGGUUUGCUUCCGUUUUCGUGUUUUACGGUCUCACAAUAUACAUAAGCGAGUAUUCGAAAGCGAUGGAAGUUAACUUUUACAAUCGUUUGACUGUCACAAAGUUUAAUGUUACGUAUAGAAAUUCGAAUUUCCAAACAUCACUGGAUAACACGAUAUUCAAUCAAUGUCGCUUUGAGAACUGUACAUUUCGACGGUUAUUCAUCAAUCAUGUUUUAUUCAACAAUUCUACAUUUAAAUAUGCCGAAUUUUCGAACGUCAAAACUAGUCGCACCGAAUUCCGAAAUUCGACCCUCGAUACGAUCAAAUUCAUCGACACCGACGUUUCAUCGCACAAUUUCAUCGAUUGUAAAAUAAACAACACGAAAAUCGUUCGAUUAAAUGGUUCAUGCGACAUGGAUUUUGACUAUAACAUUUUCACAUCGUCAGUAUGGAAAUCGAAUCUUGGCGGAUUGAUACCGUGCAUUUUGGCUAUUUUGUCCGUUGGCGAAGCAAUACAGCGUUUGGGACGAGCACCAGUUGCAUCAUGCUGUUUUACAAUUGCCAUGAUUUUGUGUGUUAUAUUGGGCUUUGUAGUUAAAGAUGAGAUUGUCAUUUGGAUUGGCGGUUGUGCGCAAGGUUUUGUCCUAGCUGGUCUUACCACAUUGACGCUGUUCGUUUGUGAAACAUAUACCACAUCAAUAAGGUGCACAGCUCUCGGAGUUUUCGUAUGCUUUGGCCAGAUUGGUGCAUUACUAGGAUCAGCACUUUACGUUCACUUGCCGCUUACAUCCACUAAAGUUGCCGCCACAAUAUCAACUAUUUUCAUGACAAUACCAUUCAUUUCGUCGAUGAUCUUGAAGGAUCCAUGUCUUCUUGUUUAAAUAAAUUUACUGUCCAUUUUGCAUAUUGAAUUCCAGCGUAACAUGGCUGGCACAAUUCAAUUUAUUACUGAUUUUAUCGAUACAACAGCGACAAACAGUCAAAUAUCAAAUGCACACUCACACAUCACUUUUAAUCCUUCACUCGCUCAGGAAACACGCCAUUCGAUAAUAUCUCGAACAUUUCCCCCUACCCCCUAAACAUAGUAUAACAAUAAAAAGGAGAUGUAAGAAAAAAACACAGCAUUUUCACGCCAAUCACGCCUACAUUAAUAGUAUCGCCGUGUUAUCUGCUCAAACAUACAUAUUACCAAUUUUCAACAGCACCACAAAACUUAUUGCAAAUGAUGAUGUCUUUUCCCCGUUCACUAACAACCUUAAACCGAAUCAAAUUCGCAUUCGUUGUGAGUCAUAUAUAUUUUGAGAUUGUUCUGUCUACGACGUAGUAGUUCAAAAACGUUGUACAAUAGUCACAUAAGCAAUGGCAGAAUGCAGACUGUUCUUUUUUUUCGUUUCAAAACAAUGCGCAUCUUUCGUUUGAAAUAUCUUGUUAUCGUGUAUGCGAUUUUAAAUGGAAAAUGGAAAUGAAAAUUGGGUACAUCUUAAAACGUUGCACCAUUAUUUGCUAUCCAUAUUCGCUUUGAUACAAACGCAUCUAAUGUCUGUGGAGAAAAUAGAGAUUGUUGACUAUGCACGUUUUCGAAAACUUAGAAAAGAUAUGAUUGCGAAAAUAUUCAAUUGGCAAUGUCAAUGUUCAUAAACAAAAUGGAAAUUAAACGAAAUUAAAUCUUUUAUGCAAAGUGUUUAGCGUGUUGUGAACCGUUUAAAUUCUCUAUACCUGUUAAAUCAAAUCAAUUCUUCAUCGUUUGACAGUUCAACAUAACCAGGGUAAAUUUGUUUUUUAAGCAACUUCAAAAUCGAAACGAAUUUUUCUCUGUACACUUUACAUUGUGUUUAAUUUUGAAUCCCUCCAUUAUUACGAUUUGACCAAUAUUAAUUAUUAUUGAUUGUGUCCAAGCAAAAAUUACAACUCCAAAACCAACCAAAUGUGGUCAAAUUAAGAUUUACUAUCGAUUUACCUUUUAUUUACGAUUAUUUUUUCUUACAAAAUAUGAUUUUCAAAUGAUGAGGUUUUCUUAUUCGUACAUUCAUUGUAUUCAAUAAAAAAAAACAAUAAAGUCGAAGAAAUAUUUGAA